GUAGUUUCAUUUCAUUCCAAUUCCAUUUUCGUCAUCGCGCGAAUCACAUUGGUUUGCUUCUCUUCGAAGUCGCACACUUAGCUCGUUACAGGGGAUCGGAAUCGAGCGGUGUAGGUUUUCGGUUGAGAUUUUGUUGAAAAAUCCAGCUUAUAUUUGAUUGAAUCGGAAUUGGUGAAGAUGAUGUCCUUCGAGAUGAACGAUCGUAAAAAAAUCGGACUCGGUUUGACAGGUUUUGGAGUGUUCUUUUCAUUUCUCGGGAUCAUUUUCUUCUUUGAUAAGGGUCUGAUUGCAAUGGGAAAUAUCCUUUUCUUCGCAGGCGUGACAUUAACCAUUGGGCUCAAGUCUUCAGCCCAAUUCUUUAUGAAGCGUUCUAAUUUCAAGGGAACAAUUUCUUUUGGUGUUGGCUUCUUCUUGGUUAUCAUUGGAUGGCCUAUCAUAGGCAUGAUAGUCGAGGCUUAUGGAUUUGUUGUGCUCUUCAGUGGCUUCUGGCCGACUCUAGCUGUAUUUCUGCAGAAGAUGCCUAUUAUUGGAUGGCUAUUCCAACAACCUUUUGUGAGAUCGUUUUUUGACCGUUACCGUGGAAAGAGAGUACCCGUCUGAAUCAUUUUCGCAAGAAAGGUCACUACUUACCUAUGGGCUGCCUUGUAAGUUUUGUAAAAACACUUUGUGACAAGCAUGUCAGGAUAAAACCGAUACAGUGUGGGCUUGAGUUAUGCAUGGUUGUCUUUACCUCACUGGGAAAUGAAAGCUUCAAUCAUUUGGUGUACCAA